AGUGGAUCAUCUUUCUAUGUUUGAUCUUCUGCGAUUAGAGCAUGUUUUGCAAGGACGAGGUAAUUUCAAAAAAUCAUUGUAGAGUUACAGUGUUUAUAAACACUAUAAAUCUGCAAUGAUUUUUUCGUAUAAUAAUUAAAAUAUUUAUUCACAUUAAAAAAAUUUUAAAAUAAAGACUACUUUUUAAAAUAAUUAUUUUUAAAUAUUCAUUUUCAUAUGUUUGAGGUAGGAAUAUUUUUUAUCAUUUACAAAUUUUGAGGGCAAUAAUAAUUUUAAUAUACUUUUAUAACAUGAAAUAAUUAAUAUUCAAAUACAGUAUGAAGUUUCACAACAUAUAAGAAGAAUGUAAUUAAGUUGUUUUUAAAUAAAACACACCUAUUAACUAUUAAGUUGUCACAUUUUUACAUUAUUGACAUUGUUAUAUAUUAUGUUUUAGGUAUCGACACUAAAAGUGCAAUGUAUAGAUUACAGCGGGUUUUUUUCAUGAAUAACGAAACGUAUCCCAUCAAGUCUACAACAUGUCCUCACUUGCUUGAUCUCUUCCCAUGUGAUGGGUGGGAGUGGGGUCUGUCUCGCCUCUUGUACCGCCGGGCCAUUGUGCAACUGAUAGAAGAGUAUGACAAGCAUUCAAGUCUCCCUAAAGGUAUUUCCCUCAAGUUUCAAUUUCAGAUGAGGAGUUUUUACAUGUAAAGUUAGAUGAGUUUAUUCUAUUAAUUUAUUCCACUUGUCUGGUACAGGUGUCACAUUUAUUUUGACAGCACUGAGUCACAACCGCAUCGCCACUAGUGUAUUUAACAUUUUUAUGACAAAAAGAUAUGCUACAAGUCAUUUGUGUUUCCUUCUAAGGCCCUUACAUAUGGCAAGUCUUCUUUGUUGAAAUGACACAUGAUUUUUGUAUCAGAAUCUUUUAAUAUUUGCUUUAGAAGUGCCAACCAUAUGAAGGUGCAAAUAUUUGUGAAAAACACAGCAGUUAAAUACAAAAAAAUUAAUUUAAUUAAAUACACUGGAAAGUAAUUGUAAAGUAUUCUAAAAGAUCUUUAUGUUAAAUGUAAUUUACUUAAAAGGGACAAAAAGUUCAAUCUCAGUUAAAAUUUAAAUAGUUUGAUUUUGGAAACGUCCAUUUACUUUACUUUUAGUUUUCUAAUUUUCAAAAUAAUAUCUCCCUUAUCUCAGAUUUCUACAUUUAAUAUUAUUAUAAUUCAAAUCUUCUCAUUUGAUAAUGUCAGGGUGUAAAUGAUAUACAUUUUAAAUAUGUAUUUAACAUUUUAUUUGUCUUUUGGUUUGAACACAAACAAAAAUACUUUUAAAAAAAAAUCUUAUUUGAAAUAUCAUUUUUCUAAGUCCUUUAAAACUACAUUGUUUUAUUUGUGUGUUUAUGUUUACAAAAAAUAACUUGUAUGAGUUCUUGAUUUUACAAGACCAGAAAGCUAACUUCCAUUUCAAUGUUUGAAUCACUUAGACAUUCAAGGUCACCUGGUGGAUGUGCAUGCCUAUCUGCUCGAUCUCUUCUGCCCACCACAAACUAUUCACAGAGAGAAGGUUAAGGAAAAAGUACAGAAAUCUGAAGAAAUGGUUUUAACACUAGCAGCAUUGGCAGCACGCCACAUCCUCUUCAUCACAGCUGACCAUAAACAAUGCAAGUUUCUCCUUGACAAAAGAUUCGGAGCUAUACUAGAUGCAUUUUGUGAGUCACUGCUUGUUAUCUCCCUUAUAUUAAAGAGCUCCCCAACUCUUUUAAACUUGGUAAAUGUCCUAAAAAAACGAGCAAAAAGGCUGGAAAGAAUCUGUAUCAAUGUGAUACGAACCAAUGAUUUGCAGUACUUUGACGCCAUUUUGUCCACGUGCAGUGGAGUGGUCAGCUACUAUUUGACAGCUGAGGGCAAGAAGGAGAAAGAACUACUUGAUGCUG